UAUAUUAUUUAGGAGCUUCCUCAGUUAUCUAUGUGAGCAAUACAAGUGUGGUACGGUAUCGUUGUGACCUCCUAAAUUAAAGAUAUUACACUUAAAUUCAAUAUAUAACAAACAUCUUGUGUAUUUAAAGUGUUCAAGUUUCGUUUAAAUUUGAAUAUUACGAAGAUGUCUUCAAACAACUUGGUGAUAACAAUAACGAUAUUUUUAUCGUUGGUUUACAAAUCGUCAGCCAUAUACUGUUUCUACUGCAACAGCGCGAACAACUCAGCCUGUAUCGAUCCGACACAGUUUGAUGACGAGGUCCGCAGCCGCAUCAUACCCGUCAUCGACUGCAACACUGCUGUCAACCGAGUGGAACAAUAUGAAUUCUUCUGUAGGAAGAUUGUGCAGACCAUUUACCAUCCUCACAAGGACUCCGAGCUCCGUGUGACCCGCGGCUGCGGUUGGGUUCGUCACGAGAAGCCCUGCUACAGGGCUGACAACCGUGACCAUCUGGAGACGGUCUGUCAGUGUUCUACUGAUUUCUGUAACAGUGCUGAUUCCAUGAGUCCCACCACUACCACAGCGUUAUUCGUCGCUCUUGCUGUUUGCUUGUAUUAUUAUAGGGUUUAUUAAUUAUAUUGGUAUUUAGUUUUAUCUUAUUGUAUAGCAUACAUUGCCUAUAAGAAAAAAAAAAUAGAUAAUAAAAAUAUAAAAGGUAUGAAAAUCUGUACCAUGAAACUAUAUAAUUUGUAAGUUGAAAGACGAUUGUUUGAGUAAAAAAGGUACAGUCGGUUUUUAUACGUCA